AUGAAAUUAGGAUAUGGAUCUGGUGGAAACGUCUAUGAAAUGAAUUUCAAGGGAAUUGUGUUUGCAAGAAAGGACAUUAUUCUCGCAGGACAUGCCAAUCCGAACGAUUGGAAGCAAGUACUCCGAGAGUUGGAAACGAUCAAAUUAUGCCAUAAAUGUGCUUUCGUUGUUCAAUAUUUUGGAUAUCUACAGUAUCGACAUGAUGUGUACACCAGCGUUAGCAUUUUCAUGGAAAAAUUGCCGUACAGUUGCUCUGAUUUGAUUCAAAAAUCGGAAAAUAGAAAAAGUAAUUGCGAGAAGGAGCCUUAUAUUCCCGAGUACGUGUGCGGAAGAAUGAUUGCCUGCGUUGUCAAUGCGUUAUAUUUCUUGAAAUAUGACAUGAAUAUAAUUCAUCGUGAUAUAAAACCGUCAAAUAUUCUAGUUGAUCGAGAUGGUCGUUUUAAACUGUGUGAUUUUGGUAUAAGUGGACCACUGCAAAAUUCUGCCGCAUUGACUGCAGUUGGAAGUUGGCCUUAUAUGGCCCCAGAAAAAUUCACUAAUGAGAAAUAUGACAUUAAAAGUGACAUUUGGUCCGUCGGAAUGACAGUCUUCGAGAUGGCGAUGCUAGAAAAUCCUUUCAAUUGCGGAGAUUAUUGCACAACCAUGUGUGCCAUACAAUCUAAAUGCCCCAGAUUAACUCCAGCGCGAAUUUAUGAAUAUGAUGAAAACGGCAAAAAUCAUACAAUAAAGGAAUAUUUCACAGAAGAGUUCAUGGAUUUCGUUCACCGUAUUUUGGAGAAAAAUCCUGAAAACAGGCCCAACUUCAAAGAAUUAAAAGAAUUUAAAUUCUUUUGCGAUCAUGAUAUACAACUUGCGCACAUUGGCUCUGGUUUACAGCAGAAUUGGAAGUCGGUUGGAAAAUGGCUUGAUGAUUUCACACUUGUUUGA